UUUGUUUAAGGACUUUGACUUUAUCUAAGCGGAAAAGUUUAUCAGCUUCUAGCAGAAAUGGCCGAUUCGGAUUUGGCCCGCAAAAACUGGGAGCUGGAGAACAGCAUCGAAACCCUGCCGCCGAGCGAUGAAAUUUUCCGCUACGAUUCCGAGCAGCAGCAGCGCAUCCUGGCGGCUCGGCCAUGGGAAAAGGAUCCGCACUUUUUCAAGGAUAUCAAGAUUUCGGCACUGGCCCUGCUGAAGAUGGUGAUGCAUGCCCGUUCGGGUGGUGCCCUGGAAGUGAUGGGCCUGCUGCUGGGUAAGGUCGAAGAGGACACAAUGGUCGUGAUGGAUGCGUUUGCCCUGCCGGUCGAAGGAACCGAAACGCGCGUGAAUGCUCAAUCGCAGGCCUACGAGUACAUGACGGCCUACAUGGAGUCGGCCAAGGAGGUUGGCCGGUGCGAGAAUGCCAUCGGUUGGUAUCACAGCCAUCCGGGGUACGGUUGCUGGUUGUCCGGAAUUGACGUUAACACGCAGAUGCUUAAUCAAAACUAUCAGGAACCGUUUGUGGCUAUUGUUGUCGAUCCGGUUAGAACCGUGUCCGCUGGGAAGGUGUGUUUGGGUGCGUUCCGCACCUAUCCGAAGGGUUACAAACCACCGAACGAGGAACCGUCCGAGUAUCAAACGAUUCCGUUGAACAAAAUCGAAGAUUUUGGUGUCCACUGCAAGCAGUACUAUCAGCUGGACGUGUCCUACUUUAAGUCGGCACUCGAUCGGAAGCUGUUAGACUCCUUAUGGAACAAGUAUUGGGUUAAUACUCUUGGAAGCUCGGGAUUGCUGAGCAAUGCCGAUUAUACGACCGGACAAAUAUUGGAUCUUUCGGAGAAGUUGGAGCUAAGUGAGGCCAGUCUCGGACGCGGUCCGUUUGUGGUCACAGGGAAUGACGUAAACGAGAAACGCACCGAAGACAAACUAUCGAAGGCUACUCGUGACUGCAGCCGAGCAUCGAUCGAACUGUUGCACGGACUGAUGGCUCAGAUUGCCAAGGAUAAGCUGUUCAACAUGGUUAAUCUUAAAAAUAAGUAAGUCUCUCACAAUAGAUUGGCAAAAACAUUCGCUAAAUUUUGGAAAAUUUAUUAAAAACCU